AAGGAGUUAGUACAUAUACUCCGUAUUGAAUUAUUGAUGAAGCCAGGCAAUGAAGGGACCUACGAACUGCAUUUGUCUUCAUCAUUUUUUCAAUCUGCAAUCAAAGAGAUCAAGAACAGCGGCAAACGAAGAAAAAAAUGCACAAUUGAAUAGAGAUGAUACUAUUUGCAUAAAGAAACCAAGAAGGUGGCAAUCACAUCUCAUGAAGAUUGAAGUAAAAGCCAACCAAAAAUUAUUUUCAGCAUCUUCAAUUGCAAGAUAUUUGAUGCUUAGUCCCUUCUUCUUCUGCUAUAUAAAGAACCAUUCGAGAGCUCCAAAAACACACCAAUUAGGAGAGAAAUCUCCCUCUUCUUUCUUUAGCUUUGUUCAUAGUAGUAGCAAUAAAAUAAAAGUGAUUCUUUCAGGAACACUUUCUGUAAAAAUUCAGUUUGUAAUUUCCAUUCCAGAAUUUCAGUUCUAUAUAUUUCAACAAUAAAGUUCAUUUGGAGAUAUCAGUUCGAAGUUAAUCAGUUCCAGCUUAAUCUGAGGAUUUCAAUCUUUUCUGUUCCAGCUCUUCUAUGUUCUUGAAUAUUUAUGCCUUCAGUUCAAAUGAAAUCAGCUGAUGCACCCAAAUCAACAUCUUCGGAAUUGAGAAUCCCUGCUUCAGUGCCAAAAUCCAUGGUUGAGAAUGAUUCCACCGGCAAUCUCCCUUUUCUGUUGAGCCUUUGGCGGAGCUGGCUUUCCUUUGGCAGACCAUUCUUGAACGUUGUCAUCCCCAAUCUAACCCCCCUUGUUUUUUUGCCUCCUAAUAUGCUUUGAUAAGCGUUUGAUAAGCGUUUUAUUAACGUGUUUUAUACAAUUGUUUAUAAACGUUUUUAUACUUAAAAGAAUUAAAUCCUCACACAUAUGCCUUGUUUUGCAAGAAAUACUUUAAUCAACGAUUGGACCAAAUACGAGGAUGAUAGUAUACACACGAAGAAACCCGACAAGAAAAGGUCAACCAAACGCAUCCCGAAGAACAAACAAGCAAGGAAAAAUGAACAAAAGAGGUGAAAGCCGCCCGGUUUCACCAAUGCUGGCCGGUUUUCACCUACUAGCCAUCCAAUUGCCGUCUAACGAAGAGGAAAAGUGCCGGAGCAACGAACGACGAAAGCUGCCCGACUUUCAUGAACAACGACCGACGUUCGUUGCCGCAGAUUAAUUCUGGGUAAUUAAAUACAAAAGCCGCCCGACGUUCAGCUCCUGGAGUGAGGAUGCAAUAAUUUUAAAGGGCAGAAACUUGUAAUUUUAUCAUUUCAAUACUUGUAAUUUCAUUAUGAAUUGUUCUAGCUAAUUUUCCUUAGCCAAGGUUAGGGAAGAAACUUUACGCACUCUAGGUGUUUGAUCUAUGUUCUCAACCAAAUUAUUAUGAUCUUUCCUUUAUAUUUUUAAUGUGUACGACUACGGUGUACAACGUAUGAUUAUAUCGUUGGGUUUAUUUGAGCAAUUCAUGUUGAAUUAUAA